UACGUGGAAUGAAAUAUGAUCCUCGGCUUCUUUAUAAGGCUGUUAACUUUCUUUUUUUUAAUUUUCUUGUCACCAGAUGUCGUCCGGCAAAAGACGCCAUCAGCAACUAGUAUAAAAUUUCCUACAGCAGAGAGAAAUAAAGUCCCUUCAUCUGUUGCACUUACACUGAACUUGUUCUCAUCUUUCUCCUGGUACUACAAUUCUAUCAUUUUUCCAAACCUGAAGCAAGAUUUCUCGAAACUUUUAAUGUGUUCUUCAACAAUGCAUGCACUUCCGCAUCUCAUUUAUCCUCGACCUCAGAUGCCACUAGUUCCUCUUCCUUUUUUACCUGCUUAUGCAAUGGUAGGUUGUGGCAAUCACUUCCGCACAUACCCCUUUCUUUUUGCUGCUCAUUCUUCUGGCCAAACACCUGUGAAACUAGACUUCGUAAAAGAUUUAGAAAUUGCAAGCAUAAGAACAGAAAAUUUCUCUCACAAACUUAUUCAUAUAGACGCACGACCAAUGGUAUCUAAUAUAUCAAAUACUAUGAAACAAAAAGCUUCGAAAUUCGAUUUUUCGCGUCUAGCAGAAUCAGCUACGACCAAAGACGAUGAAAUAGAUUCCAAAGAAGCCACACGUUCUCAGAAGACAACAGAUGUUGAUGAGAUUGUUACUAAAGGACUAAUUCGCUCCCACAGACAGCGAGGUAUUCCAACUACAGCUUCUUUUCCAUUUACAUCUGGUCACUCAUUUCCGAUUAUAACACCUUUCUAUAGUAUUGGACCAGUCGAAUUUGAAGCAGAGAUCUUUGAACAGAAAGAUUCUCGAGGUCGAGGGUCAUCGAAGCCGAAGAAAGAGUUUAUCUGUAAAUAUUGUCAGCGUCACUUCACCAAAUCUUACAACCUGUUGAUUCACGAAAGAACACACACGGAUGAGCGACCUUACAGCUGCGACAUCUGCCAUAAAGCUUUCCGGAGACAAGAUCAUCUACGAGAUCACAGAUAUAUCCAUUCCAAGGACAAGCCUUUCAAGUGUACGGAAUGUGGAAAAGGCUUCUGUCAAUCUCGCACUCUAGCCGUCCACAGGAUUCUUCACAUGGAAGAUUCACCCCACAAGUGUCCAACCUGUGGGCGCAACUUUAACCAGAGAAGCAAUUUAAAGACCCAUCUGCUCACCCACACCGAUAUCAAACCAUACAACUGCGGUUCUUGUAGUAAAGUGUUCCGGCGGAACUGCGACCUCAGGCGACACAUUUUAACCCACACCCUUGACAUACCGGAUCAAACAGAAAACACUCAUCAUUCUCCAUUAAGUUGCAGUGUUCCGGACACAGACAUUUUGUCGGGAAAAUUAGAUUCUUAUAUGCACGAUAUACUAGACGUAGAGAACUGAAACUAUAGCUUUACCUCCCACACAAUCACCUUGUACAUAGAAACCGUUUUACAACGUAAACAAUUCUAUUUCAUCGAAGAACAACUUUCUUUGAGAGCCGUAAAAGAUUCAUUCUGCAAAACAAACAAUUUGAAAUUAGUUGAUAUAAUAGUGACAAAAUAACCAACUUAUAAGCAUAAAUGCUUCUAAUUGUUAACGUGGAUUGGUUUUAUGUUUUUUUAUUCUAACUCCAUCAGAACGAAAAAAAAGCUUAUUCUGAUAAAAACUAUGAUUGAUACUUUUUACACUGCUCUGUUGUUUUGUAACUUUACGGCAUUAAACUAUAACGAAGCAUUGAAUAAUAUAUAAAUGUAUUUAAAAAUAGUAUUUGUGUGAUUAGAUCGAAGCGUCUUUUAUUACAGUUUGAAACAUUUGUUUUUGUUAUUGUACCAAAGAUAUUGUUUUCAAAACUACUGUUAUACUGGUAUUAUUAUCUCUAUAGUUAUCACAAUGACAAAACAGUGUCAUCGUAUUAUGUUUUAUUUAUAAACUUAAAAUAUGCGUUUAUUAAUUAUUAGAAUCAGAAACCCAGUUCAAGAAUACUUAUACUAAUGUGCUGAUUAUUGUUAAAAGUUACUGACACAGUCCGACUAGUUUUAAACUUGUUGAAGAAUGCCAAGAUAUUGACGAGAGAUUAAUGUUUUUUAUUGGUAAAUAUAUAUAUAUAUAUACAUGUUUUUACGUGUGUAACUAGUUUAUUAAAAUGCAAUAGACUAAAUCUACCAAGUAUUAUUAAUAACUGUGCAUGAUGACCUAACAAUGUAGAUAUUGAUUAUAAAGGAAGUUUCAUUAUAAAUACAUUUGAUAUUCAUUACAGAAGUAAGUGAAAAUAGGUUAUCAUUUUUAACAAUAUUACCUCAACAAUAAUUGAGGUCGUGUAUAUUAUCAUCAGUGUACUGCAUAAACGACGCGAAAAUGCCUUUUUUUGUGUGUAUGUGAAAUGACUUGUAUUAUAUAAUCCGAUAUUUUACAAAAUAAAU